AUGGCUGGCCUAUCCGCCGCAUUGCACGCCCCCAACCGCGGGGCCGCACCGCAGUCGCAACCGCGGUCUUCUCUCCCAGCAUCCAAGCCGGAUUCAGCAACCUGCUAUCCAGACACCCACGAUCAUACCAGCGACAAGGCCUCUCUGCCUUCGCUAUCCCGUGUCUCCGCGUCCCUCCACGCAAAAAUCCAAAACUUCCUCGCCGAAUCGCACGACCCGUCCUCCCUCCUGUACCGCGUCCAACAGCAGACUCGAAUCUCUCUCUCCGUGGUCCGGGAAGCCUUAUCACGCUAUAAACUCCGCGAGCUCUCACUCUCCUACAACGGCGGAAAGGACUGCCUGGUUCUUCUAAUUCUAUUCCUCGCCAGCCUCCACCCCCUCCCGGAACCUUCACCCCUCAAACCCCUACAAGCCAAAGACAACGCCGAACCCCCCAAAAUCCGAAAUGCAGACGACACUAUCACAGCCCCCAUAGAAACCCCGGACGAUCCGCCCACCUCCAUUCCCGCCAUGUACGCCCGCCCCUCCCACCCGUUCCCCGCCGUUGAAUCCUUCGUCGACUCCUCCUCCCUCAUCUACCACCUUUCCCUAACCCGCUACACCACCGACCCACCACACACCACCCUCCGCGACACAUUCGCCUCCUAUCUCCACAAAUACCCCGGCAUCAAGGCCAUAUUUGUCGGGACCCGUCGCACCGACCCGCACGGCGAGAACCUCACCCAUUUCGACCGUACGGAUCAUGGAUGGCCCGAUUUCAUGCGCAUCCAUCCCGUCAUUGAUUGGCAUUAUGUGGAAAUCUGGGCUUUCAUUAGGCAUCUGGGCGUGGAAUAUUGUCCGCUCUAUGAUCAGGGUUACACGAGUUUGGGGGGAACAAAUGACACGCACCCUAAUCCGAAGUUGCAGGUGGAGAGUGGCCGAUCUACCGCAGAAAACUAUCGUGCACACGAGGGUCCAUCGUUCAGACCUGCGUACGAGCUGGUCGAGGACCAGGAGGAGAGGCUGGGAAGAUACUGA